CGUCAUGUGGUAGAGAGUCAUCCCGAGUCGCGCGGAGAUUGUUUUUCUAGAUAUGUCAGUUUACCACGGACAUCUCCCUCCUCUAUAGACAGCUCAUCCAAAAUGUCUUUUUCCAGCAGCUCUCCUGCGGCAAACCCCUUUCUGGUGGACUCGUUAAUCGGAGCUUGCCGGACGGAUAGCUUUUACUCAAACAGCGGGGUUUACAUGUCUUCUGGUGCAGACAUGGGAACUUACGGAAUGCAAACCUGUGGACUUCUGCCGUCUUUCGGCAAGAGAGGGGAGGUGAACCACCAAAACAUGGGGAUGAACGUCCACUCGUACAUACCUCAGCUAGAUAACUGGACUGACCCGAACCGAUCCUGUCGGCUUGAGCCAAACCUCGGUCAGAUAUCAAGUGUUACGUUCCCACAGAGCAUCAAGGAGGAGAGCAACUGCUGCAUGUACUCUGACAAGAGAGCCAAAGUCAGCUCCUCUGAUGUCCCGACAUACUCCACCCUCCUCCCCGAGUCGUGUCCAGUGGACGGUCCAGAGAUACCGGUUCCAGGCUAUUUCCGGUUGAGCCAAACUUACGCGAGCGCAAAGCACCAGGCGGAUUACUGUCACGAAACGCCAAGUCCGAAUACGACGUUGAUGCAACUAAAUCAGGUGGCAGCUCCAAAAUCGCAUUCCUCCGUAUACGCCGAGGUGGACAACAAGACGGGGGAACGGUCGCCCCAGACCCGCGACGCCGCCAGAACCCCGGUCCCCGUGGAGAGCCCGGACACUGAGCCCUGCGCGGAGGAGAAGAAGGACUCCUCUGUGUCCAGCCCCGUGGUAUCACAGAAGGAAACGAAAGAGUUCAACAACGAUGCACCAACGAGCAACUGGCUGACCGCGAAGAGUGGCAGAAAGAAGAGGUGUCCCUACACCAAACACCAGACUUUGGAACUGGAGAAGGAGUUCCUCUUCAACAUGUAUCUGACGAGAGAGCGCCGCCUAGAGAUCAGCAAGUGCGUGAACCUGAGUGACAGACAGGUCAAGAUCUGGUUCCAGAACCGCAGGAUGAAACUCAAGAAGAUGAGCCGGGAAAACCGCAUCCGAGAACUCACCUCCAACCUCACCUUUUCGUGAGCUCCAACGAGUUCCUCCGAGUGUUUCAGCGUCUUUGUCACCUCCUGUCCAUACGAUGUUAGUGCGUUAAUGUCCUUGUAUCAUCCUUUUGUUUUAUGUAAACGAAACUGUGAUUGUAGAUUUAUGGGUGUUUUUUGGUAAACAUUUUGUUGCAUUACUUAUUAUUGGUAUAUUUUAUUACAGGGUAAUUUUUAUGUCUUAAAUUAUUGAUCUUACUUGUUUGGUUUUGUUUCCGUUCUCAGUAGACAUGGCUCUUUUAAUGUGAAGAUGUCGCAGUAUAGCGACCUGACUGGUAUCAGACAACAUUUCAGACACAAAAGCACAUUUAGCCUCAUGUAGCGCCCUACACGCAAGCCAGUGGCUCCAUUGCAGAAAUGUUUCAAGUGGCGUAGUAUAUUCAUUUGUGUUUGUGUCAUUGCAUGUUUGUGGCAUGUAUCCUGCAAUAAACAGACUGUCCAA